AUGCCGGCACCACCUCCUCCACCUCCUCCACCACCACCACCCGGAGGAGCACCUGCGGGACGGCCUCCUGCUUCUGGGAAUAGAAACGCCCUACUAUCAGAUAUCCAGAAAGGAAGGUCCCUAAAGAAGGCUGUUACAAAUGAUCGAUCUGCACCAGAUGUUGGGAAGACAUCAUCUGGUGGUGGUCCUGUGCUUGGAGGAGCGCCAGCAGUUCCUGGUGGGCUUGCACCGCCAGUUCCGGGAAACCGGGCGAGAAGCAAUAGCGAUCAAGGCUCUGGCCAGACAGCGAGCUCGGGAAUGGAGUCGGCAGCGCCACAACUUGGUGGGCUAUUUGCUGCUGGUAUGCCAAAGCUGAAGAAGCGAGGCGGAAUAGACACGGGGGCGAAUUCAGAUGCCUCAUAUCUCUCGGACCCUGGAGAGUCGAGAUCAGCGCCUAAACCUCCUGGUGCUCCAAAACCACCAAGUGGUGCAGCGCCUGCUAUACCGGGACGUGGUCCUCCCAUUCUCCCUCCUAGCGCAGCAGGCCACUUGCGCAAGAUAACGCCCCUAGGAGGAUCAAAACCUCCUCCACCACCGAUUGGUAAAAAGCCGCCGCCUCUGCCGACAUCUCGAAAGCCUUCUUCAAAAGCUAUUCCCCCAGCUGCUCCUGCGCCGACACCACCUCCGCCUCCACCGCCAGCCAGUGCAGCUCCUACUCCAUCUGCUCCUCCGCCCCCUCCCCCUCCAGCAUUAUCUGCUGCGAGUCCAGCAGCACCUCCUCCUCCUCCUCCAGCUUCGGCUCCUCUUCGACCCUCGGGAUCCCCAGCUCCUAGGACCCAAGCACCACACCCGCCUCCUCCGCCUCCUCCUGCCAACUCAGCGCCGAUACCCACCCACUCUCCAAGCUCCGCUCCUCCUCCGCCGCCGCCGAAUGCAGCUCCGUCACCGCCUACAUCGCAGUCACCACCGCCGCCGCCGCUGUCAAGAAACCGGGGCCCUUCUCUUAUACAAUCUAUGCUAGAUCCUAGCUCAUAUACCCUGUCUGCGAAUGGCGGUGGCUCGCCGAGCCCAAGCCGAAAUCCAUCGCAUUCUCCCUCUCCUAGCAUUGGAGGAAGGUUCAUAGUCAACGAUUCAAGGUGGCAAUUCAAGGAUGAGAGCUUGUUGCCCAAGCCCAGAGACUUUCGCGGAGGGCCGAAGAAGUAUAGGGCGGGCAGAGGUAGCAGUGUGCCAUUGGACUUGAAUGCGUUAUAG